GCAAACCUGACAGGCACAGGGCAUGAGUAGGCACCUCUCCCACUGCUGCUGUGCCUUUCAGCUUCCCAGACUCCUCGUGGGCCCACCAUCCUUCUAGCUCCCGGCUAAGCGCAGAAGAAUGUUGGCCUGCUACCGGCCCCCAGGGAACGAGACGCUGCUGAGCUGGAAGGCCUCGCGGGUCACGGGCACGGCCUUCCUACUGCUGGCGGCGCUGCUGGGGCUGCCCGGCAAUGGCUUCGUCGUGUGGAGCUUGGCGGGCUGGCGGCCCGCACGGGGGCGACCGCUGGCGGCCACGCUCGUGCUGCACCUGGCGCUGGCCGACGGCGCGGUGCUGCUGCUCACGCCUCUCUUCGUGGCCUUCCUGGCGGGGCAGACGUGGCCGCUGGGCCAGGCGGGCUGCAAGGCCGUGUACUACGCGUGCGCGCUCAGCAUGUACGCCAGCGUCCUGCUCACCAGCCUGCUCAGCCUGCAGCGCUGCCUGGCCGUCACCCGGCCGUUCCUGGCGCCCUGGCUGCGCAGUCCGGCCCUGGCCCGCCGCCUGCUGCUGGCCGUCUGGCUCGCCGCGCUGCUGCUCGCCGCCCCGGCCGCCGUCUACCGGCACGUGUGGGGAGACCGCGUGUGCCAGCUGUGCCACCCGUCGCCGGCCCACGCCGCCGCCCACCUGAGCCUGGAGACGCUGACGGCCUUCGUGCUCCCCUUCGGGCUGGUGCUCGGCUGCUACGGCCUGACGCUGGCGCGGCUGCGGGGCGCCCGCUGGGGCGCCGGGCGGCACGGGACGCGGGUGGGCCGGCUGGUGAGCGCCAUCGUGCUCGCCUUCGGCUUGCUCUGGGCCCCCUACCACGCGGUCAACAUUCUGCAGGUGGCGGCCGCGCUGGCUCCGCCCGGAGGGGCCCUGGCGAGGCUGGGCGGGGCGGGCCAGGCAGCGCGGGCUGGAACUACCGCUUUGGCUUUCUUCAGCUCCAGCGUCAACCCGGUGCUCUACGUCUUCACCGCCGGGGAUCUGCUGCCCCGGGCAGGCCCCGGCUUCCUCACGCGGCUCUUUGAGGGCUCGGGAGAGGCCCGAGGGGGCGGCCGCUCUAGGGAGGGGACCAUGGAGCUCCGAGCUACCCCUCGGCUCAAAGUGGUGGCGCAGGGCCAGGGCGAUGGAGACCCCGGGGGCGGGGUGAAGAAGGACAGUCAGGGAUGGGAACCUUGACACCAAACCCUACAACCGGGCCUGCCUCUUCCCUGUCCCCUUCCAUUGCCCCUCCCCCAGAACUCAGGGAACUCAGGGAACCACUCUGGACCCUUCUCUGGCCACAGUUUGGAUCUUUCUGGGCAGAAUUAUUAUACCCCUGGGGCAGGCCCAGGUACCUCCAAACAGAGGGACUGCAAGAGGUGAUGGUACUGUGUGCUUGCAGGUUGGCAUGUGCCUCUGUGCCAGAGCUGCUGACUUGCUGCCAAGAGCUACUGUGAAAUACACGGGGGGGGGGGGGGCAUUACAUGAUGGUGUAAGCAUGCCCCCACUGGUAGUUCAUCAUGCCUGAGUUGUACCGAAGCCACCUGGUUCUCUCCUGGGUCAGCCCAAGGCUGGGCACUGCCAGCCUUCAGUGGCAUCUUGACUUGUCCUCCCCAGCCCAGGUGGCCUGGGGGACCCAGGCCAACCUAUUGAACCACUCUGGAAAUAAAGGGAGAAAGAGGAAGGAAAGGUAUGGGUGCUUGAAUGAGGGAUGGGGAUGGGAUCCAUUCUCUGGGGUCUGCAAGAGCCAAGUGGAGAAAAACCUGGCUCUGAAAGGGGAAAGACAAUCUGUGGUGUUUGAAAGGAAAGUUUUCCUGUCUUGCGGUUGGUACAGCGGGGGAAGGAGCCCUGGGCAUCGGAU